UGUAGCGCGAGUGCUGGCUCGCUGUGACGCCGAUGGCUCGCAACGAAAAACUUCGUCUGCCCGCUAAGCCGGAUACUAACGACUAAACCGACUCUGCUGCGGGCACCUUUGUCCUCCUCCUGCCGUUCUUUCGCUGCUCGUGCAACGCAGCGGGGCAGCGUUUUUAAUUGCUGCCCGUCCGUCGUCCCGCGCUUUCGUCUCCUCGCGCUGUUCUCGCCGUUUUCAAGUCGAGCGGAGAGCAAGAAGGUCCAGGGAAGAGCGUGUCUGCCCGUUUGUGUCUUUUGCCUCUUGAGAACGCUCACGAGCCCUUUUGCUAGCCGACGGUCCGUUUUUCACCUUUUCUUUUUCUUUUCCUCCUUCCCUCGCCGGUGUAUGCUACCACCGCUCGGAGACGCCCGCCUGCAUACACCGAGAGGCUUGCGAACUGCACGCGCGAACAUCGCCUGUUCGCCCUAGGCGAGGUCGCUUUCCUUCGCCCGGCGUAUUUUUCCCCCCCAGGAAAGCGCCAAACCUUCUCCUCCUGACGCUGCUCCUUCGAUGGCACAGGAGGAGCAUCAAUUUGAGAAACUCAAGAUCGAGAAGCCGCGCGACGGCCGACGCAUCUCCUCUUCCUUAGCCGCCCUCAGCUUGCACGCCCAUCAUGGCGACAGCCCGUCGCCACUACUAUCACCACCAGCCCAGUACCAUCACCCUCUGCACCCGCCGUAUAUAGGCCCCGGCACGUCGCCCUCUCCCGCCCAGCACGAACUGCUGCGUUCGCUCACCAACGAUGAGUUCAAGAGCUCGGAGGAGGAUUUGUCGCGACGACUGCUGAACGGCGAGGACAUCGAAGCCGGCGCCGGCGUCCUUGUUGAAGAGGAAGGCGCAUUUAGCACCGCGUCCGAUGACGAAUCGUUCAGCCCCCAGCACGGCAGAAAGGCGUCCAUCACAUUUGCAAGAGAGACCAUCACGAGCGACGGCCAGAAGAGACGCCUGGAAGAGCCCGUCCCCCGCUCUGAUCCGCUGCAAAUACCUGCACCCGCUGUUCGGGCUACUGAAGAGGUGGACUGGCCGCACCAAAGCGGACAUGCGAGCCACCGCUUGCCGGACGGCCUCGUUCUGGGCGAGCAGAAGCCCCACGAGAUCUCUCUCGACACCGGCAGUCCCACGCGCAAGGACUCGGCCAUAGACCACAGCGAGUCGCAGGAGGACGUGGCGGGCUCUCUGACGUCUGCUCUCACGGUGUCGCCCUCCACCGAAGAACCGCUGACACCUCUCAACGGCAUGCUGUCGCCCGUCAGCCCUGGCACCGUGACGGAGCAGAAGCCCAGUCCGUUUUGGCCCAGUCGCCGUACCGACUCGCAACGCUCGCGCAGCUACCAGCGUCUUGACAAGGCCGUCAACGGCGGGCGGAGGCGCUCGACGCGGUCGGCCAAUUCGUCCGUCUCGCCCGCCAGCGCCUUUCUCUCCUCGCUAAACAGGUCUUCCACUCAGGUCCAGGAUGAGCCCGACGACGAGGGUCAAGAGAUUGCCGGGAGCGGCUGGAUCAUCGGCCGAACGAUCGGCUACGGAGGCUUCUCUUCCGUAAAGGAAGUCUCUACCAUGGAUGCGAAGACGGCGAAGCGCGUUGUGCGAGCCGUCAAGAUCAUGCGCAAGAAGCCCAAAAACGUGAAGGACGACCAGCAGAACGAGCGGGUGCAGGCUGAGUUCGAGCAUGAGGUCGCACUGUGGCGCUUCCUCAAGCACCGAUACAUCGUGCCCCUCAUCGCCGUCUACGAUACGCCUUUCGCCACGUUUUGCAUCACCAAGCUCAACGUCGGUGGCACCUUGCACAAUCUCGUCCGCAGCCGGCGCCAGCAGUACAGCGUGCUGGACCGUGGGUUGUCGGCGCCGCUGGCGAAGCGCUAUGCGUACCAGCUCGCAGCCGCAAUCCGGUAUCUGCACGAGGACGCGCAUAUCGUGCACCGCGACAUCAAGCUCGAGAACUGCCUGCUCGACAUGACCGCGCCGGACGCUGCCAGUCAAGGCGGCAACAUCCUGCUGUGCGAUUUUGGCAUGGCAGACUACAUCCAGACCGACUCGCGCGACAUGUCCGCCCUUCCAGAGCCAGGCGAAGCGCACAACAUUGGGCCUGCCGCAUCCUCCUCGCGGUUGGACCCAGACGACGUAGUCAACCGCGGCGGCGUGGCGGCCGAUCUGAACAACCGCGACACAACGCUCACAGUCAUGGGCAGCCUCGAGUACGCGGCUCCGGAGGUGGUGACAGCGACGGAGACUCUAUUCAGCCCAAAGGCGGAUGUGUGGGCGUACGGCGUGUGUGUGUACGCCCUGUUGACGGGUAGCCUGCCCUUCUCGCACGAGAUGCGCGAGACGCUCGCCCUGAUGAUCGAGAAGAGUCAAUGGGACAUCACUCCGCUGUACCAGGCCGCUGCUGUCAGGGGGGGCGGCCCCGCUGGUAUGGCGGCCGUCGACCUAGUCAAGGGCUGCUUGACGUACGAUAGCGAGGAGCGCUGGAGCAUACGUGACGUGCUCGAGUCUAGAUGGCUCCUCAACUGCAAGGAGCUGUACGGCGAGGGAAGUCUCAGUGAAGACGAGCUGGACGAAUGGGGCACUUGACGUGAGGUGACUCGAAACUGCCCUGUCUUGUCUUGUGUUUGCAGGUAGGAAGAGCGAAGAGAUUGUGGGUUUGCAUACCUUCCGUUCUACUCCCGUCUACGGCCACAUAUUCACUACGACAUUGCGGCAUCGGCGUUGGGGGAAUCUUCUCUUCCAUUUGUCUUUUUUUUGGGGGGGAUCUAUGCUCUCAGGACAGCUGUUUCGUGCGUGGGAGCACACGGGAUCAGUCAUUUAUGCUGUGGGACGUGAUGGACGUGAUGAUACCCUUUGCGAUACCCAAUUUUCCUUUUCCUUUUCCCCCUCCCGUUUCUGCCUUUGCCUCAUCUCACUUCCGGUUCUGGUGUACAGUAAGGGCGCAGUGUUUUCAGGUUACGCAUGUUGGAGUCUUAUUUUUUUUUUCCUCCUUCUCAGCUCUCUUUCAAAAAUAUGCUUGCAAGUAUGCAUUAGGUUUCGGCGCGACAUCGGACGGACAAGGGAAACGCUUUUUAGCUUUUGGACACGCCCAUACUCGUUUUAACCCAUUGUACUAUUAGAAUCAUGGCGCCGGAGAGACGUUUUGGACACGAGAAAGGGAAAAAAAAAUCUUAAUCUAAUAAAUAAAGAUGCCAGUCUUCGACG